AACACCCUUUAGCCUUCCCAUCUACUCCCUUCUUCUCUAUUAAUGGCGUUUUCCAUUUUCGUUCUGUUUUCUCAACGUACCUUGCCGCUUUCAUAUUCCCUCCCGACACCCACCUGAGGAAAGCCCAACCCUUUUUUGUUUCUCUUCAGUUUGGAGAUGGGUCGCCUCUCUUGCAAUGCAGAGUCGGCCAUUGCCGUUUGUGACCCUUACAACUGGGAUUAUUAUCGUAGGAAAAAACCUAACAACACCAAGAACAACGUUCAAAUCAGACGGUUUCGUUACACCGAUCUCCUUUCUGCCACCGACGAUUUCUCUUCCGUUAACCUCCUCGGCAGAGGCAGUCACGGUUCCGUCUACAGAGCCGUCCUAGACAGCGGCAAGUUAAUCGCCGCCGUUAAAAGAACGAAAGCUAACUGUAACAGUCCGGCGGACAACGAGAUUGAGAUUCUCUCACGGGUUUAUCAUCCUCAUCUCGUCAAUCUCAUCGGUUACACUUCCGAUGCCUUUUGCAAGAAUAAACUAAUCGUCGUCGAAUAUAUGCCCAACGGUUCUUUAUACGAUCUUUUACACUCCUCUUCCUCUAGACCGCCGGGUUGGUCCAGGCGUGUUCGGUUCGCUUUGCAGGUUGCGAAAGCGGUUCAGGCUUUACACUCGGCUAAUCCGCCGGUAAUCCACAGGGAUAUAAAAUCGUCCAAUGUUUUGAUUGAUCGAAACUGGAACGCUCGAUUGGGUGAUUUCGGGCUUGUAAGGGGAAACGUGGAGGAUGUACGGGUCAAGUGCACGCCACCGGCGGGGACGUUAGGGUAUCUCGACCCGGGUUAUUUGGCACCAAGUGACGUCAGCACUAAGAGUGACGUGUUCAGUUAUGGCAUUUUGCUAUUGGAGAUAAUUAGCGGGAGAUAUGCCAUUGACUUGAAUUAUAGCCCACCGUCGAUUGUUGACUGGGCCGUCCCUCUGAUCAAGGGAGGAGAUUUCGCCCCGAUUUGCGACGGCCGUAUCGGGCAGCCGGGGGAUAAGGAGGUGAUAAGAAGCUUGGCGGUAGUUGCAGCUAGGUGCGUCAGGUCCACGGCGGAGAAACGGCCCGGAAUGAAGCAGGUGGUUGAAUGUUUGAAGCAAGUGAGGAAGAGACAUCAUGUGGGUCUUGUUUGGAGUAACUUAAAGCAGCGCGUGAAACGCGUGGAUAAUCUGUCGGUGAGGAACCAAGUGUUUGAAGGUAGCGAGGAGGCGGCAAGGAGUUCGAGGUGCGGAAGUAAGAGAAAUAGCCGAAAAGUAUCCAGUGUGGCGAGUGUGGAUCACAACAGCGAAGCGAUUGACGAUCGUGCGGCGAGAUCGAGAUCGAUGGGUUCGUUCGCGGAGGUGGCGAUGAUGAUGAAGAUGAAGAAGAAGAAGGGACUCAUAGAUGUUGUUGAUGGAGACGACGUCGUUUGGGUGAGAAAAACGACAGGAGUUACGGUGAAGCUGAGCAAGUCGAGGUCCAUGGGAGUUCUACAAACUUCGAGACUAACGAAUGAGAACAGCAGAAAGUACGUAGUCGAAAUGGGGAAACGAAGGAACUCCAAUGAAUUCGACAUCUCAAAGUUGGUAAUGAGUUUCGAUAUUGAGGAGAAAUCAGAAAGCGAGAUGGCAGAAAAGCCCUUGGUUCUGGUUGAUGUUUAAAGAAAACACAGAGAUUGGAUGUUGUUGGAUGAUAGAUUUUGAUUUCUGAAUCUUGGGAAGGGUGUGUUUUAUUUCUAAAUUGUUGGUUGUUGAAGUGAAACCUGGAAUAUCCAUCAACUUACAACAUCGUAUCUCCAAA